AUGACAAGCGAAAGUGAUGAGAAGUUUAUGGUGACCAACGGCGUGGAUUCACCGUCCAUUGACGACACCAGCAGCGGAGGGCCAAAUGCGGGAAAUCACAGCCCACUUAAAAAGGGCCCAUGGACCACUGCAGAGGAUGCAAUUCUAAUUGAAUAUGUGACGAAGCACGGGGAAGGAAACUGGAAUGCAGUCCAAAAGCACUCGGGCCUGGUCCGAUGCGGGAAAAGCUGCCGUCUUAGGUGGGCGAAUCACUUGAGACCGGAUCUAAAGAAAGGAGCAUUUACCCCAGAGGAGGAGCGCCAUAUAAUUGAGCUUCAUGCCAAGAUGGGAAAUAAAUGGGCCCGAAUGGCAGCUGAGUUACCUGGGCGCACGGACAACGAGAUAAAAAACUUCUGGAACACCCGGAUGAAGCGGCGGCAACGGGCGGGCCUACCCAUCUACCCGCCAGACAUCUCACUCCAAUCACUGUCGCCCAAUGAAAACAAGGAUGACCCAAUCUCCCUCUCACCCCCUGACCCUGACGGGCCCCACCAACCCGCGGUCAGUUCUUUCAUCAACAUCCCUUCUAUCGAGUUCAAGGGCCUGCAGCUCAACCAGCAGCACCAGCAGCAGUACCUCUACCCCCCUCAGCCCCUCCUCGACAUAGGCCCCUCCGGCUGCAGGCCCCACGCCCCAAUCCUUGACAUCCCCUCGAGCAGCCUCGACCAGUAUAGCAUCCACGCUAAGCCUUUCUCCACAGCAUUCCAGCAGUCAAAGCGCCCCCGGGGGCCCGAACCCCUCUUCCCGGGUGUCUGCAGCUCCUUGCACCAGUCUUUCCUUUUUCCUCAGUACCAACACAACUCGACUAUUCAUAAUGUCGAGCUCCCUUCACUCCAAAGCGACCCCCAGAUGCCUUUCUUCGAGCAGGUCGAUGUCCUCAUCCAGACUCCUCCAGAGGAGCGUGGGCCCGCGUGCAGCAGCGGCCUCCUAGAGGAUGUUUUGUACGGGUCGGAGGCUCUGAGGAGCACAGACAACGAUAAUGCUUUCUUCAGUGAGACCCACUGGGAGGGUUACGAAGACCACCUCUCCUCCCUGGCCUGCUCUCCAUCAUCCGUCUUCAGUGAGAGUCGACCCAUUACUCCCACUUCCCUGGAUCAUACCCAUCUGCCGGAGAACCAUUUGCCAGUUAAAAAGGAAGCAAGCAACUUGGACGCAACCCCUUGCGAGGACAAAACUGCAAGCCCAAUGAUCUUCUCGAGGCCCGAUUACUUGCUCGCCUCUAGCUGUCUGGGCCCACCAUUGAAAUGUCCCACUACUAAAGACCAUUCCUUUGCUGGAAAAUGCAAUGGGGAAACUUCUUGGCGAUGA